AUGGGUAAGGUAGACGAUUUUGAAGAACAUAAUAAAAAUAGUAAUCAAGAUAUUGAAAAAAAUGUAGGGAAUAGAAGAAGGUCUAAUAGUAAUACGAUGAACGAACAAAAUGAGAAUAUAAAUAAAAGUAAAUCUAUAGUAUCUAAAAAGAGUUUUAUAAUGAAUUUAUUAAGAAAUAAAGAAAAAACAAAGAUAGAACAAAAUGAUGAUAUUAUAGAAGAAACUUUUAAAGAAAGGAAAAGCAUUUCGAAAGAUAUACCACUUAUUCCUGAAAAUGUAGAAAAAGAUAAUAAAGUAAAAAAAAAAAAUAGCUAUUUAAAAAAUUUAAAUAUUCUUGGUAAAACGAAAUCUAUAGAAUUUUCAUUUCCAUCUAAUAUAUUAAAUAAUGCACGUAGAAAUAUUCAAGAUAAUGAUGAAGAGUCACCUUUAACUAGUAAUUCUUUACGAACAUAUAAAGAAGGAAUAAGUGAAGAUGGUAGACAAAAUCAAAGAAUUAUUGAUAAUAAUUCUAUGAAUUGGUCUACAAGUAAUAUAAAUACAGAAUGUAAUUCUGAAUUUUCUAAUAUUGAAGUUAAAGUUUUAAAAAAUGAAAAAUCCAAUUCUGUAAAAUUAAAAGAAAAUAUAAUAGAUAUUCCAAAUGACAAAAAUAAAAAAGAAUUACAGGAAAUUAAUAUAAAGAGUACAAAUAAAGAUAGUUACAAAAAUUUAUAUUUAAAAGUAAGAAAUUCUAUAAGUUUUAAUGAAAAUAAUAAAAUUGAUGAUGAAAAUAAAAAUGAUAAAAAUAAUAAUAUUGAUAAUUAUAAUAAUUUUGAUGAUAUUAAUAGUAGUAAUACUAUAACAAUCGAUGGAUUAAAUAAUGAUGAUAAUAUAAAAAAAACUGAUAAUAUAAAUAAUUUUGAUGAUACCAAUGAUCAUAAUGAACACCAUCACGAUGAUCAUCAUGAUCAUAAGAUUCGUUCAUCUAUAAGAUCAUAUGGAAAUAUUAAAUCAAACACUACUAAUAUAAAAAUAAAUAAUGAUAAAAAUUUUGAUACGAAUAAAAAUCAAAGGAGUAUUUUUGAAAAAUAUUUUUAUGAUAUAUGGAAAAGAAAUAUAACAAUAAAAAAAGAAAUAUAUUCUAUAAGUAGUAAAAGUCCACCAAAUCCUUUAAAAAGUACAUUUGCAGAUGCAUGUUUAAAUCAAUCUUCUGAAAAAGAAUUAUUAAAAAAAAUACCAUUAAAAUUUAAUGAUGAUUCUAUAGAAUCUUUAUAUGUAUUAAAUUUAAAUAAUUGGAUAUCAUCUAGAAUGAUUAUUAUUGGAAUUAUUAUGUUAAUAUUAUCUUUUAUUAUAUGGCCAUUAACAACUUGGUCUCUUAAAACAAGUACUUGGGGAAGAGAAACAUAUAUUGUUAUAUUAUUUCAUACUUUAAUGGCUAUUAAUACAGUGAUAUUAGUAUUUUUUAUAAUAAUCGGGUCUACAGAAUUGUGUAAAUAUUCUGAAUGUAUGUCCUAUGUACUUUUUUCUUUAAUGGUUGCUUUAUGGGGUUUAUGGAAUAUAGCUAUAGGUUUAACACUGGAGUAUAAUCCAAACAUUAGCGAAAUGCCUACGACUACUUAUGAGUUGGAAAUGAUUUAUGUACUCACCUACAUUUAUGGUUUCCUACCUCUGGUUAUAAUAGAUAUAUUCUUUCCCUCACGGACCAAAUAUAAUUGGAUUAUCCAUUUAAUAUUUAUAUUCUUAAAUUCAACUAGUAUCAUAUUAGUGGGUUCUGCCAAACCUGACUUUGUGCCUGAAAUAUAUGUGGUUUUUCGAAUUUUGGCAUAUACAACCUUGUCCACAUUUUUAUACAUAGGAAGUUAUACCUCAGAACUACAAAUACGUUAUGUUUUUUAUAAUUUACUUGUAGCUGGUUAUAAAUUAGAUAAAAUAGAAUCAGAUAUGAAAAAUAAAACCAGUAACAAAAAAAUUUCAACAGGAAUUGAAGAUUUAAUUAAUAUGCUAAAGGAGUGUACAAAAGUCAUAUUGGAAUUAGAAAACGAAACUGAUACAAAUUUUAAUGUUCAUACGAAAACUUCUUAUUGUUCGAAUAUUUUGGAACAAUGUUUGUCAACAUUAACAAAAUCUGAUAACUUGUAUAAUAUUGAUUAUAAUGUUCUCGAAAAUCCAGAGAAUAAAAAAUUUAUUGAGGCCUAUGUCAGUAAAAGUAAAAGUAAUUUUGCUGGGGAAGAAGUGCCAAAAGGAGUAGAUUUCAAAUUAAACAAAUCAUUUUCAAACAAUGACUGUAUAAGUACUGACAAAGUGGAUUUAGAUAAAAAACAAAUAAAAAAAUUUUUGAAACAAAUUAAUAUAUCCCAAUUAACAAAAAUGAUUCAAUUCAUUGAUAACAAGCUUUUAUCAGAUUGGGAUUUCAAUUGUUUAACAUAUUUUGAAGAAUCCGAAUAUCCUUUUUUUGAUAUUAACUUAUCUUUAAUAUGUACUAUUGAUCAUAAUAUUCCUAUAAAUAUAAUAAUUAACUUUCUCUGCUUUGUUGAAAAGCAGUACAAUAAUGUUCCUUAUCAUAAUACAAUACACGCGACAAUGGUAACACAAAAAUUUUUUUGUUUGACCAAAAAACUUGGUAUAUAUGAUGACCUGGAAUAUAAAAUAAAAUUGGUAAUGUUUAUAUCAGGAAUUUGUCAUGAUAUAGGACAUCCUGGUUAUAAUAACUUAUUUUUUGUAAACAGUUUACAUCCAUUAAGUAUUAUUUAUAAUGACAUUAGUGUAUUAGAAAAUUAUCAUGCAUCUAUAACUUUUAAAAUAUUACAACUAAACCAGUGUAAUAUUUUGAAAAAUUUUUCAGAAAAGGAUUUUCGAAUGAUGAGAUCAUAUAUCAUUGAAUUAAUUUUAAGUACUGAUAUGAAACAUCAUUUUGAAAUCAUAUCAAAGUUUAGAAUAAGAAGAGAAAAUGAAGAUUUCGAUUAUAUAAAGAAUAGUGAUGAUUUAUUAAUAUUAACAAAAAUGAUUAUAAAAAGUGCAGAUAUAUCUCAUGGAUCAGUUUCAUGGAGUGAACACUAUUCUUGGUGUCAAAGAGUUUUAUCUGAAUUUUAUACUCAAGGAGAUGAAGAAUUAAAAAAUAAAAUGCCUUUAUCACCUUUGUGUGAUAGGACAAAACACAAUGAAGUUUGUAAAUCUCAAAUAACGUUUUUGAAAUUUGUUGUCAUGCCGUUAUUUGAGGAAUUGUCCCAUAUUGAUAAUAAUAAAUUUAUAAAGAGUUUCUGCUUAAAAAGAUUAAACAGUAAUUGUAUCAUGUGGGAUACGCUCAUGAAAGAAGAAAAAACAAUCGAGGUUUAUGAUCCUGCGUCCGUUAAAUCAAAAGAUAAAAAAAAAAAAAAAAUAGAUAAAAAAAAGAAAAGUUAUAUUGAUUUAACUCUAUUUUUUAUAAAAAAUGUUUCCGAUUAA